CAGGACACCGACCGACAAAUGCGGCGCAGCAUUCAGUCUACCUAGUCGUACACAGCCAACAACCCGCGGAUUUAUAAUCAACAAUUGACGCAUUUUCCGACCAGGGGCAACCUUAUUUCCCAUUCGGUUAUUUCCUACAUAAAAGGUGCAGGUGGUUCCUGUCUACGAACAUGGUGUAGCUAAAAUCUGAUCUUUGAAGCAGCAGCAGCAGCAGCAGCAGCUCAGUCUGCCUGAGCCAGGAUGUCUAGUAGCUCGGGCUACCCCCCCAGCCAGGGGAGCUUCAGCAGCGAGCAGAGCAGAUAUCCACCACAUUCAGUCCAGUAUACUUUUACUGGCUCACGACACCAACAGGAUUUUGCGGUCCCAGACUAUCGCUCUCACCUUCAGGAUCCUCAGGGACGUAGAAGACCGUCUUUAUUGUCUGAAUUCCACCCUGGAGUUGAAAGGCCUCCAGAGAGACGCCAUGGUUACGAACAGCAGUUUCACUCCAUCACAGCCCAGCCUGAGCAUGAGCCACUGGAGGCCAAGCGCCCUCGCAUGGAGACUAUUGCUGAGGCCCACAUAGCCCGCACUCCUUCGACUGCUGGAAGCAUUGUCCUGGCCAUGCCCCAUACAGUACAGGAUAGCUUAAGAGCCAACAUGGAGGUGAAGAAGGAGUCCAAUUUCACUGUCAAAGUGGAUUCACCGUCUCCAGGAGGGUCCGCACUUCAUAUAGGGGAAGAUCAUGACACGUCUCCCUCCAAACUUUCUAAAGAGGAGCUAAUCCAGAGUAUGGACCGUGUGGAUAGAGAGAUUGCAAAAGUGGAGCAGCAGAUUUUUAAGUUGAAGAAAAAACAGCAACAACUUGAGGAAGAAGCAGCAAAACCAAUGGAGCCAGAGAAGCCAGUGACCCCUCCCCCAGUAGAACACAAGCACCGCAGCAUAGUUCAGAUUAUCUAUGAUGAGAACAGGGUAAGUCUACAACACGUUUUUUUGUUCUAAAUCUGUUUAAUUAUUUCAUUAAUUAAUGUUAAUAUUUUGAGUUAUUGUUAUAGUUUUUAUGUUAUUGUUAUAGUCUUUUGUUAGACAUUUUGGCUUGAUGAAUCUGUCUAAGGCAUUUCUGCAGUUCUGUCCACAAAGGAAAUAAAAGUAGUGACCCGUUGCAGUCUUCUGUCUCAAAGCACACCAUCUUCCUUGAUUUUGUUUAGCUCAAGAGUUUUUAGGGGUUCUUGCAGAGUGAUAAGCAAUGAGAGUACAGUGUUAUUUCAUAUACAUUUUUAUACGUGUAUACAUUUACUUUUGUUGGUGGAUUUAGCAGAUGCUUUCAUCCGACGCGUCUUACAAGAGUAGAGGAACUUUAGUGCAUUUAGUGCAAAAGUGUGCAUAGUUAAUAACCAGCAACAUUAUGUUGCAUUACUGUAUUACAUGUUAAAAGGUAAACUAAAGUAAAUAUGUUUUUACUGCUUAAUCAAAAAAAAAAA